CAACCCUGUUAAUUGUACAUAGAAAUGGUUAUGUCUGUUACGGUCAACACAAUCACAUGUGCUUUGUAAUAAGCUGCCGACGUUAUGUAUAUUACAUAUGAUCAUUGAAGCGCGUUCACAAAAAUGGUUUUGGCUGAAUAUUGAUGCCAUAUAUGCUGCGUUGUGCCAUUGCACAACAACUCUGCAUUUUAUCGAGUUAUUUUCUCCUAAUGUAGCGGCUGAAUGUAUUUUGCCUGGCAUAUCGAUAUUUUUGGAGAAGUUGUUAGCGAGGGAACGGAUAUCGAAUGAAUUAGAUUCCAUUAGACAGUGCUAUGUUGAAAUACUGCGAAGUCGAAAUUCUACAGAAUCGGCUGUGUUGGUGAGAAAAAAGGUCGAAGCGCUUGAUUUGAAACUUGAUUCGAAUACAAAACUUGGCAAGUUUGGACGCAUUCGCGAGAAACGUUUGAUAAACAUAAGGCAGUUCAAUUUAAAACACAAUCAACGCAAGCAAGAACUGAAAAGCAAGAUCGGUUUGAUGAACGAUAACAGCCAACUUGAGACCUACAUCAACAAAAAAAAUCUUCAUCUAUCAACAUCGAGAAGUAGACACUGUGCCAGAGAAGACGCUGGUCAGAUGAAUAUCAUGAUGUCGACAGAUGACGAACGUCAUGGUAUGACGGCAACAGACGACGAACGACGACUGAGUGCGGCAAGUGAAAACUUUGUGGAGUUAUCUAAGUCUCAAGUGGAUCUUACUUCGAAGAAUCUUUCAAAACUUGGUGAUACGAGUUUGAACCAAGGACAUUUAUACCACAAAGAAAAUGAAGUGAUCCGACAAAGAUGGCUUGUUUUGGAUGCAAACGUCUUGAGAUGCUAUAAAAGGCAAAACGGUGCAAUGCUUUUUGAACUGGAUUUCACAGAAGGCAGUUAUUCUGCUAUGCAAGGCCGUAUUGGGAAAAUGUUUGCUAUAAGACUUUCGGGAAGUAAGACAGUGACAAGUCAUCUUUUUGCCUCUCCAAAAGUUGAAACCAUUGCGUCCUGGAUCAUGUCAUUCAGCAGGGCUGGUGUAAGACUUCAAGACGACUUACUUCGAGAGAUUUCACCGACAGAGCAAAACAACAACAAGGUGAACAGUUCUUACAAAGAACGAAACUUCUCUGAUAAGGAUGACUUUUCCACCAACCUUCUUGACGCCAUCGAAUUCUUUGAUCGUCGUCAAAAUGGAUGCAUUCUUCCUAAGCGAAGCUCCUGUAGUUUCAAAGAGCUCGAAGUCUUAAGAAAACUCAAGUUGUCGCUGACUGCAAAAAAGAAUGAAAGCAGAUUGGAUCGGAGAAAAACUUGGAGCGCAGGAACAUUUCCUGUCUCACCAGUGGCAAUGUUUGACACAGUCCAAAAAUAAAUGCGUCUGCUGAUGGAUACAUUUUUGAUCCAC